AUGGAUAAUAUGAAGCAUACAGGAAUAAAAUUUUGCCAGAUUAAAGAAUGUGAUAAAUUCCUUGAUUUCUAUUCAAAUAUCAUUCAGAAUGAUUCAAGUCACACUGCAGAAAAGAAACCAUACAGAUGUAAUGAUUGUGGAAAGUCCUGUAGAAAACUCUCAUACCUUCAUAUUCAUCACAGAAUCCAUAUGAGAGAGAACCUUUAUAAAUGUGAUGAAUGUGGAAAAUCCUUUAGGAAAAGUUCAUCCUUUAAUGCUCACCACAGAAUCCAUACAGGAAAGAAACCUUAUAAAUGUGAAAAAUGUGGAAAAUGCUUUACUAGGUGCUUAUUACUUCAUGUUCAUCAGAGAAUCCAUACUGGAGAGAAACCUUAUAUAUGUGAUGACUGUGGAAAGUCCUUUAGUAAGUCCUCCAGUCUUCAAUGUCAUAGGAAAAUCCAUACUGGAAAGAAACCUUAUAAAUGUGAUGACUGUGGAAAAUCCUUUGUUCAUUCUUCCAAACUUCAAUGUCAUAGGAGAAUCCAUACUGGAGAGAAACCUUAUAAAUGUAAUGAAUGUGGAAAGUCUUUUGAUAAUUCCUCCAAACUUCAAUGUCAUAGGAGAAUACAUACUGGAGAGAAACCUUACAAAUGUGAUGACUGUGGAAAGUCCUUUGUCCAGUCCUCCCAUCUUCAAUAUCAUAGGAGAAUCCAUACUGGAGAGAAACCUUAUCAAUAUGAUGACUGUGGAAAGUACUUUAGAGAUGGAUCAUCUCUUCAUGUUCAUCAGAGAAUCCAUACUGGAGAAAAACCUUAUAAAUGUGAUGAAUGUGGAAAGUCCUUUGUUAAUUCCUCCUAUCUUCAAUGUCAUAGGAGAAUCCAUACUGGAGAGAAACCUUAUCAAUGUGAUGAAUGUGGAAAGUCCUUUGUUAAGUCCUCCCAUCUUCAAUGUCAUAGGAGAAUCCAUACUGGAGAGAAACCUUAUCAAUGUGAUGACUGUGGAAAGUACUUUAGAGAUGGAUCAUCUCUUCAUGUUCAUCAGAGAAUCCAUACUGGAGAAAAACCUUAUAAAUGUGAUGAAUGUGGAAAGUCCUUUGUUAAUUCCUCCUAUCUUCAAUGUCAUAGGAGAAUCCAUACUGGAGAGAAACCUUAUAAAUGUGAUGAAUGUGGAAAGUCCUUUGUCCAGUACUCCAAUCUUCAAUGUCAUAGGAGAAUCCAUACUGGAGAGAAACCUUAUAAAUGUGAUGAAUGUGGAAAGUCCUCUGUCCAGUACUCCAAUCUUCAAUGUCAUAGGAGAAUCCAUACUGGAGAGAAACCUUAUAAAUGUGAUGAAUGUGGAAAGUCCUUUGUCCAGUACUCCAGUCUUCAAUGUCAUAGGAGAAUCCAUACUGGAGAGAAACCUUACAAAUGUGAUGAAUGUGGAAAGUCCUUUGUUAAGUCCUCCAAUCUUCAAUGUCAUAGGAGAAUCCAUACUGGAGAGAAACCUUAUAAAUGUUAUGACUGUGCAAAAUGCUUUAGGCAUGGCUCUUCUCUUCAUGUUCAUCAGAGAAUCCACACUAGAGACAAAUGA